GUCAUUUCCUCAAGGUCCUACAGCUGGUCAGCUGGGAUUAGAACCAAGGAAAGACGACUGCAGGAUCCUCAUUUUUUAACAGAGCAGCUGCUGAGGGACAAAGCUCUUGGCUCCUUCCUCAUCCGCCUCAGUGACCGGGCCACCGGCUACAUCUUGUCCUACAGGGGCAGUGACCGCUGCCGGCAUUUUGUCAUCAACCAGCUCCGAAACCGGCGCUACCUCAUCUCAGGGGACACCCAGAGCCACGGCACUCUGGCAGAACUCGUGCGCCAUUACCAGGAGGUGCAGUUUGAGCCCUUUGGGGAGUCCCUGUCUGCUGCCUGCCCCCGGAUGGAGGACAAUGAUCUCUAUGACGCCAUCACCCUGGGCCUGCAUCAAACUAAUCCUAGCCUGGAAUACCCGCCAGAGAAGGCCAGCAGCCCCCCUGCCUCUCUGGAGGCAAGUCCCCAGAAUCUCUCCGAGGAAGAAAGCAAGGAGGCCCCUGUCAAGGUGCCCCCUCUCCCGAAGAGGAGAGCGUCCCUUCUGAGCAACUCUUUUGGAGGCUCCACUGACACCGUCUACGCAGACCUAAGGAAGAUGAACCAGGCACGGCUAGGCCUGGACACAGACGUACCCGGCUGGCAGGGGCCGGUUCCAAGUGGUAGCCAGGCCUGCUCUCCAGGCAAGGAGGCCCCGAGGCGACUGUCAGACGGAAGCCAGAACAAGCCCGAUGGCCCAGGACCUGCCCUCUCUGGGGUGAGCCCAGGCCAGGGUCCUAGGGUGUCUCCCACUUCUUGGGGCCUCCUCCUGCCCUCCAGUUCUGAGGCCUCGGGAUCCUCAGGUGCUACCUGGAGCCACGGGUCUCCAAAUCUGAGCCGUGGGGCCCAGCCCUGCUCUGAGAGCAGUUGUGCAGACACUUACGAGUCCAUCUGUACAGAAGACCUCUCAGAGGACGCCAGGGAUGUGCCAUGUCAAGGCGGCAGUGCCUAUGAGCAGAUCGCAGUCUGCUGGGGGGGCCCGGCCAGGACCCCCUAUCCUGGGAUGAGCCCUACAUACAGCAAGCUUUCGGGGUUCACGGACUGUGGUUAUGAGAGGAUCUCGGGGGUCCCGGAGCUCCCAGAGCCCAGACACACCUAUGAACAAAUCCCAGGAGCAAGCAGCCAGGAGCAAGGAGGCUGGACAGACACACAAAUCCAAGCAGCCAGGAGCAAGGAGGCCGGACGGACACACAAGCCUGACAAGCUCCGGAGGCUCUUCUUCAUAGACAAGAAGCACAAACCCUGAGGAGGCCUGGCUUCCAGCGGCCCACCAGCGGGUUUCCUGGGCCCGGGGUCAUGCCAGGGGUUAUUGGGAAGCUCUCGGCUUGCUUGAAAGCACCCCUUGGAUCCUCAAACCCACCUACCCUGCUCUGGAACCAGGCUCUGAGACAGCCUCGGUGCCCACCAGCGACAGGGUGGGAGGGGACCUUCCAGUCACCAGCCGCUCAGGACUGAGUCCCACUCCCCACCCCAGGGUCUCCCACCCAUCCAGAGGAAGUCAAGGCCUGAGAGGAGGGGGGAGCGGCCAAAGGCAGGGGAUCUGGGGCACAGAUAUGUCUCCUCUCAAGGACACAAGCACUGAAAUAAAGUUGGUGCCGAAAGUGGGAAGGCAGUGCUUAACCUCAAGAGGGCCAAAGAAGUGUUCGUGGGUGUAAACCCCAGAGGCCACAGCUCCGCUCCUGGGGAGCUUGGAGGUCACACUCGUGUGGGCA